UUGGGAUAAGGCAACUGUCCUACCAAGUGUGGCCACCAGAGGGCGCAGCUGGACCUGAGCUGCCCUUGGGCCUCAGUGACAGGGACCACCACGCCCUCCUGGGGCCAGAAGGGGGCUGGAUGGGAGUGGCCAGGACCUCCCCCAGCUCUCAGGAGUGGCCUGUCCUCCACUCCCCCUCCAGUCUGCCGGGUCAUUCAGUCCCCACCCGGGUGACAUCCUCCUCACAGUCCCUGGGUGAGGUUGAGUGGGGGAUUCUGGGGAGGGGGCUGGCUGGGAGUGGCCAGGGCAGCUCCAUCCUUGGUGGCCCCACCCCCUCCCAAAGGCCUUUCAGUCCCUUCCCCAGGCCGCUCUUCCUAUGGCCUCUGACCCCCUCCUUCUCUCUACCCUGCUCAGCGCGUCCCUUCCCCAAACCUUCAGGGAGAAGCAGGGAGCAGGCAGAGGGACAAUAGGCCACCAGAAAGACAGGGCCCUGCAGAGACAGACAGACAGACACACAAAGACAUAAGGAGGGACGGAAGUGGGCAAUGGACUGACACAGACAAAGACAGGGAGAGGCAGAGAGAGUCACAGAAAGUCAGAGACCGCAGGACACAGGGAGAAGGGCCGGCCGGGGGACCGAGGACAAGGUCAGGGUGCGGAGCCCAGCAGGCAGCUGCAGGGGCCUCUGGCAGAGGAGAUGUAGUGGCCUGGGCCAGGCUGGCCGCCAGACAAGUGGUGCCUCGGCCGGGGGCAGGGGGCAUGGGACGCUCGGGCCUCCUGCUGCUGCUGCUGCUGCUGCUGCUGGCUGGGCCAGGGGUGGGGGUGGCCUGGAGGCCCCCAAAGGGCAAGUGUCCUCCACGCUGCUCCUGCUCCAAAGACAGCGCCCUGUGCGAGGGCUCCCAGGACCUGCCAGAGAGCUUCUCCCCGACGCUGCUGUCACUCUCACUCGUGAGGACUGGAGUCACCCAGCUGAAGGCCGGCAGCUUCCUGAGGGUGCCGUCCCUGCACCUGCUCCUCUUCACGUCCAACUCCUUCUCUGUGAUCGAGGAUGAUGCAUUUGCAGGGUUGUCCCACCUGCAGUACCUCUUCAUUGAGGACAACGAGAUCGGCUCCAUCUCCAAGAACGCGCUCCGCGGACUCCGCUCGCUCACACACCUAAGCCUGGCCAACAAUCACCUCGAGGUCCUGCCCAGAUUCCUGUUCCGGGGCCUGGAAACCCUGACUCAUGUGGACCUCCGUGGGAACCCGUUCCAGUGCGACUGCCGCAUCCUUUGGCUGCUUCAGUGGCUGCCGACCGUGAACGCCAGCGUGGGGACGGGGACCUGCGCAGGCCCUGCUGCCCUGACUCACAUGCAGCUCCGCCACCUCGACCCAAAGACCUUCAAGUGCAGAGCCAUAGAGCUGUCCUGGUUCCAGAUGGUGGGGGAGUCGGCGCUGAGCGUGGAGGCCUUCUCCUACCAGGGGGAGCCCCACAUCAUCCUGGCCCAGCCCUUCGCUGGCCGCUGCCUGAUCCUCUCCUGGGACUAUGGCCUGCAGCGCUUCCGGACGGAGGAUGAGCUGCCAGCGCCCUCCGUGGUGUCCUGCAAGCCCCUGGUGCUGGGCCCGCGCCUCUUCGUGCUGGCUGCCCGACUGUGGGGAGGAUCCCAGCUGUGGGCACGGCCGGGCCCCGACCUGCGCCUGGCCCCGAUGCAGGCACUGGCCCCCCGGCGGCUGCUGAGGCCCAAUGACGCGGAGCUGCUCUGGCUGGACGGGCAGCCCUGCUUCGUGGUGGCCGAUGCCUCCAAAGCGGGCAGCACCACACUGCUGUGUCGGGACGGGCCCGGCUUCUACCCACGCCAGAGCCUGCACGCCUGGCACCGGGACACGGACGCCGAGGCCCUGGAGCUAGACGGCCGGCCCCACCUGCUGCUGGCCUCGGCCUCACAGAGGCCCGUGCUCUUCCACUGGUUCGGUGGCCGCUUCGAGAGGCGCACGGACAUCCCAGAGGCUGAGGAUGUCUAUGCCACACGUCACUUCCAGGCUGGGGGGGAUGUGUUCCUGUGCCUGACACGAUACAUCGGGGACUCUAUGGUCAUGCGCUGGGACGGCUCCAUGUUUCGCCUGCUGCACCAGCUCCCUUCCCGGGGCGCCCACGUCUUCCAGCCUCUGCUCAUCGCCAGGGACCAGCUGGCCAUCCUAGGCAGCGACUUUGCCUUCAGCCAGGUGCUUCGCUUUGAUCCCGACAAGGGGCUCCUGGAGCCACUGCAGGAGCUGGGGCCUCCUGCCUUGGUGGCCCCCCGGGCCUUUGCCCACGUCACCUUAGCGGGCAGACGCUUCCUAUUCGCGGCUUGCUUCAAGGGCCCCACGCAGAUCUACCAGCAUCAUGAGCUGGACCUGAGUGCCUGAGACUGGGCAGGACUCUAGAUAUGGCCGAGGGCUGGCGUGGGGAGCCUUGGGCAUCUGGAUGACCCGUUAGCUGGCCUUCCGGCCCCACUUGGGGUAAUGACCAAACCUGUGAGAUGCUGACCACAGGCCAAGUUCAUCAGCUCCAGGUCCAAACCCUAGCCCACCUCUUGGAGGAACUGCCACUGGGAGACAUGGAAGUCCCAGCCUGAACUGCCCUCCCAGUUGGAAGCAAUAUCUGGCGGGAGAGAGAUGCCCCGCUCUUGGUGACUUGGAAGCUCAGGCUGGGGCACUGCUUGGAGCCCAAACACCUAAGUCAAGGGGGGAUGCGCAGAGCCCCAAGAGGUCUGGAAGUUCUCCCUCAACGACUCCCACCCAAUCUGCUCCCUGCGAAAGCUCCAAAGACAGAAUUCCUUUCCCUUCCAAAUUCAGUCCUGCCAAUCGCUUUCAUGGAGUCCUGCCCGGCCCCGUGACGUCACAGUUGCUGGGCAGUUUUUCCUGCCAGAUCCGUUCCUUCUCUCAGCUGCUUAGGCGCACGACUGCUACCAGUGGCGGUGACCUCGCGUUUCGUUCCUCUUGCGCGUGCGCGCGCAGGCGGGAGCGGUGUGGGGAGGGGGAGAAGUUGGGAUUGGAGAGGCGCACUUGAAGCGCGGGUACCCCUCCCCGAAGGGCGACAGGGGAAAGGACAGAAGGUACGAGUUCAAUAAAUGUGCUGGGCACUAACUACCC